CGUACGAGCACGGGUAUGAACCCGGCACGCGCUCUAGGCGCCGCGGUGGUCAAAGGUGCUUAUCCGGACCAUUGGCUCUACUGGGUUGGACCGAUUCUCGGUGGAGUGGCAGGUGCGCUUAUCUACACCCACGCGCUGGGACCGGCCAAGGAAGCCGAGCUACCGCGGUCGUACACGACCGUCGCUACCGAGGAGAAGGAGAGACAUUAAGACGGGGAUAAAGACGUGUGUCGUUGUUGUUGUUGUGGAUAAUAACAAAUUAACAAAACAUCACGAUUUUUCACGACAAACGUAAAAAAGUAAGAUGAUUUCCUGUUACUCAUUUAAAAUGAGCACUGCAACACUUAAUUGUUACGUGGACAAAAAUACCUGCACACAUUUUUGGCAUUACAUCAUUACAUGUACACCGUUUUUCACAAUUGUAUGGAAUGGAAACAUACAACUACUUUAUCAUCGAAACCUU